AUGUCCUCCUCAUCAGAUAUCGAAAAGGAAGUUGAAGUUGCCAAAGUUGACCUUGAUGACUCUUUAUCAGGAAUCUCCGAAGAACACAAGGCAUACCUUGUUGCCAAACAUGGAACCAGUGACUUAGUUCCAUUACCAUCAAUGGAUGACAAUGAUCCACUUAAUUGGUCAAACGGGAUUAAACAUUUACAAUUGGGAAUGGUAGCUUUCCAUGGUUUCUUAGGUACCUUUUAUGCUUCUGGUUUAGUGCCUUCUUUUGGUAGAUUAUCUGAAAAUUUAGGUAUGGAAACUCACACAGUUUCAUAUUUAGUUAGUGCUCAAAUUAUUGUCUUAGGUUCUUUCCCUAUGAUCUGGGUUCCUUUGAUGAAUAAAUAUGGUAAGAGAAAGUUGUUAAUUCUUUCCUCCCUCGGAUCCAUGUCUUUCAAUCUUGGUGCAGUUUUCAGUACUACUUAUGGUGCACUUAUGGCUAUGAGAAUUAUGCAAGCAGUUUUUACUUCUGCUGGUUUAGCUGUUGGUGGUGCUGUUGUUCAUGAAACUACUUUUGCUCAUCAAAGAGGUUCCAGAUCUGGUGUUUGGGCCUUAUUGGUUAACUUGGGUACCAUGUUGGGUGCCGUCUUUAUGGGAUUGGUUGCAGAACGUCACGAUGUUAAAUAUGUGUUCCUUGUUUUUACAUGUAUAGAUGCAUUCAUGGUGCUUUGUUAUCUUGCAUUAGGAAGGGAAACUCUUUACAAUUAUGAGGAUGCUUCCAAGAAUGAACCAAACACUUAUAAACAAUUGACCCAAUUCCGUGCAAUUAUGCCAGAACGUAAGGUCAAUAUCCCAACUAUCAUUGGUCCUUUAAAAUAUUUCGGUAAUUGGAGAAUUAUGAUUUCUGCUUUAGCUUAUGGUGUUUGUUUCAUGCAUG